GAGGCUCCGAGCAAGCAGCAUGGGCUCAUUUUCCCAAAGAAAGCACAGCAGUUGCAGAAAUCUAUUUUGCAGAAGCCAUCGGUGUUUGACAAUGACUCUGAUGAGGAGACCUCUGUGAGUGACAGUAUUCAGAGGGAAGCCUGCAAGAAGCAAAUGAUGAAACAGACCAAACUUGAAAUCCAAAAGGCCCUCGCAGAAGAUGCCACUGUGUAUGAAUAUGACAGUAUUUAUGAUGAAAUGCAGCAGAAGAAGGAAGAAAGUAAUCCUAAAUUGCUUUUAGUAAAAGACAGAAAGCCUAAGUACAUCCACAGCCUGCUAAAAGCAGUUGAGAUGAGAAAAAAGGAGCAAGAGAAAAGAAUGGAAAAGAAAAUCCAGAAAGAACGAGAAAUGGAAAAGGGAGAAUUUGAUGAUAAAGAGGCAUUUGUGACAUCUGCUUAUAAAAAGAAGCUUCAGGAGAGAGCUGAGGAAGCUGAAAGAGAGAGGAGAGCCGCUGCCCUGGAAGCUUGUCUGGAUGUAACCAAGGAGAAAGACCUCAGUAGAUUUUAUAGGCAUCUUCUAAAUCAAGCAGUUGGAAAAGAAGAAGUGCCUGAAUGCAGCCUUUGGGAAGUUAGUUCUAGGAUAAAGGAGGAGAAGCCAAGGGGUUAUUCUGAUGAAUUAAAUCCAGACCACAGAGUCCCAGUCAACAGAGUUAUAACUAAAACCAGAGUGAAAGAAGAUGAAAACCCUGAUGCAGACAGCAGUGAAGAUGAUGAUAAAAGUGAAGACAAGAGUCGAUGGAGCCACAGGAAUGAGAGGGGCCACCACAGUGAAAGGAAUUGGGCCCACUCCAGCUCCUCCCGGGAGGACAGAGGCCACAAGAACUGGAGCCAUACCAAGGGCUCCAGGACAGUGAUGAGGAAGAGAGGUGACCAGCAUCAGGACCGUAGCCAUAAGAGCCACAUCAGAGAGCCAGACAGAUGUCCUGAAAGUGGUCACCAUGAAGAAAAACCAGAUCAGCACAGGUCCAGGGAGGACAGCAAUAAAGACCACAUCUACAAGAGGCGAGAACAGGAAGAUAGAGAGAGAAGGACGGACCUAGAGCACAGGCAGGAGGAGGAGAGGGAGAAACAGUCUUCCAGGGGACAAGAAAAGGCCAGACCAAGAAACAGUGAAGAGCUGCAUGAUGAGGAGAGGUGGGAGACCAAGGACAGGGGCAAUGGCCAUAUGGAGAGGAAGAGAUAUGGGCAGGAGAAAUGCAGAGCGAGGGAGCCAAGCACCAGACUUUUGGAGCAGGCUCAAGAGAGGGAAGAAAGCUCCAGCAGAGGGGGAGCCUCAGAGAGGGUCCCCAGCCUCAAAGGAUCACAGGAGUCAAAGCGCCGGCUAGAGGAGGGAGGAGAAGAGAAGCCUCCUGAGACACUGAGCAAGUUUGCAAAGCACAGCAACAAAGAUUCUGUCAUGUCAGCAAGAGACCGGUACCUGGCCAGGCAGAUGGCUCGGGUUGGUGCCAAAACCUACAUCGAGAAAGAAGAGGACUGA